CUGGACGACGUUAAUCAAUGUCCCGUCCCGCUUGAAUGCGGUGCCACCACCCCUGGUGAGAACCCUAAGCAGGUUUUCCUAUUAACCGCAACUGCCCAUUUGCGCCGCUUUUAUAGUGAAAUAAAUCCAGGCAGAUCUUUGCUCUUCUUUCGGACUUCUGAGGCCUUCUCUUCCCCCGUACCACAGUCGAAAAAACCUGUAAAAUGUCCACUCUAAUAGCAGAUCAGACAGAGAUGAAGGAGGUUGGCGCAGGCCAUGCACCUCAUCAUGUCCUUGCCGAGACAGAUGGAGAGGCUUCAAGUGACAUUUCCAACGAGGUCAAAGUUGGAUUCACUGCCUCCGAUCAGCGUGAUAUGCAGCGCAUGGGAAAGAAACAAGAACUCAGAAGGAAUUUCCGAAUAGUUAGUACAAUUGGGUUUACCACCUGUGUGAUGGGAACUUGGGAGAUUCUAUUAACAUCCAACACUCCUGGAUUGAUCGCAGGUGGGCGACCGGCACUAUUCUGGUCUCUGGUGUGGGCUUAUUGUGGCCAGUUUUUCAUCGUUCUUUCACUGGCCGAGAUGGCCUCUAUGGCACCAACGGCCGGUGGCCAGUAUCAUUGGGUUUCUGAGUUUGCACCACGAAAAUAUCAAAAGUUCCUCAGUUAUGCAUCAGGAUGGCUUUCGACAAUCUCCUGGCAGAGCAUUGUUGCACUCGAUGCCUAUCUGGUGGGUACCGUUGUUCAAGGCCUAAUUUCCUUAAAUAACGAGUCGUAUGUCCCAACUCGCUGGCAAGGAACUCUGUUGGUGUUUGCAGCUGCAAUUGGCAUGUCUCUUUUCAACAUCUUUGGAGCUAAGCGCCUCCCUCUAGCCGAGGGUAUUUUUGUGACCUGUCAUUUCUUUGCAUUUAUUCCUGUCAUUGUCACACUGCUUGUCCUGGCGCCCAAGGUCAAGGCUGAAGAUGUUUUCACCGGAUUCACGGACAACGGAGCUGGGUGGCCAUCGAUCUCGCUCACUGUGAUGGUUGGGCAAGUUUCGAGCAUGUUUGUUGUUCUGGGUUCUGACUCGGUAGCUCAUAUGUCGGAGGAAAUCGAAAAUGCUAGCGUAGUGGUUCCGAAGUCCAUGAUCUGGGCAUUCAUAUUGAACAUUCCGUUUGCCUUUGGACUGCUUCUGUCCUAUCUCUUCAGCAUGCCGGAUGUCCAGGCCUCGAUCGACUCUCCCACCGGAUUUCCGUUCAUUUAUGUUUUUCACCAAGCGUUGAAGGAUACGGCCGGCUCGACAGUGCUGGUGGUUGUUAUCCUAGUGCUUCUGAUCAUGAUCACCAUCAGCUCGCUAGCCUCUGCGUCGCGUCAAACCUUUGCCUUUGCUCGAGAUAACGGACUGCCUUUCUCCACGUGGCUGAGCUCUGUUCAUCCUAAGCUUCACAUCCCGGUGAACUCGAUUCUGUUUACCUGCGCUUUCUCCAUGGUCAUGUCUCUCAUCAACAUUGGGUCCACAGUAGCCUUCAACGCGCUGCUAUCGCUUUCCACGGUGGCUCUCAUGGCCACCUAUCUGAUCUGCAUCGGGUGCAUUAUCCUGCGUCGUAUCAACAAUGAUCCUCCUUUGCCUCCGUCUCGUUGGUCGCUGGGCAAAUUCGGGUUCCCGGUCAACAGCAUGGCCAUGAUCUAUGCGACAUGGUCAUUCUUCUGGAGCUUCUGGCCCAACGAGUACCAGAUCGAUGCGCAGAACUUCAACUGGGCUUGCGUGCUGUUUGUGGGGCUGAUGAGUAUUUCGGGGGUUGUGUACUGGGUGCAUGCUCGAAAGAUGUACGACGGGCCGGUGGUGAAGGUGGAGGGACGCAGGCUGGCGUAG